AUGCCGAUUCGGCAGAGAUCAAAAGUCUGGGAUUUCUUCAAAAAGGAUGAGCCUAACAAAGUUGCUUUCUGCAACAUCUGCAAAAAACAAUACAAACUUGGAAGUUCUACCACCACUAUGGCCGAUCACAUGAAGAAAGAUCAUAAUGAAAUCUGGAAAUCUUCUGAAGCGGAUACUAGCAGCAUCGCAUCUUCUGAAGGACAGAUACGCAGCUACCUUAAACCUGUCAAAUCGUUGGAGAAGCAUUUCAGUGAGGAGUUGUUGAAGUUUGUCUGCUCGUCGAAUCUCUCUCUCCGUGGGGUAGAGAAUCCUCAUUUCUUAGAAAUGAUGAGGUUGAUUUCAAUGCCUGUUCCUUCGCGUCGAACAUUAGGACGUAACAUCAUAUCUACUUCGAACGAUAUUGUAGCGAAGAACUUUAAUGAUGUUGAAAAUUCGCAACAUGUUGUUCUUGGAACGGAUAGCUGGACGACCAUAAACGCUAAAAAUUGA